UAUAAGGCAAAGGACUUUGGCUCUUGCAUUCACUAUCUUUUCCAUAUUGGCUCUUGCAUUCACUAUCUUCACAAAAGCAGUAGCGAGCUGUUUGGAGUUGAGGAACACUUCGUUACUACAUUGCUAAAGCUUCUGCUGUGAAAUUCACUGGGGACUAUGCAGGAAUAGGAGCCUCGUGCACUGAGUUAUUCUUUUUUUCAGUUGAAAAAGUUAUGGAAGGACAAAUGGAAAGUAAUAUCUUAUCAGUUAAAGAAGCUCCUAUUUCAAAGAAAAGUGAAGUCUCAUCGCAAGAUAACAUUAUUCCAAUUUCUACGGAAAGUGAAGUGCUAUUUAACGACAUUCCUAUUCUGAUGGAAGAAAACUAUGUGACUUGGAAAGAUAAGACGGAAAAGUGGCUGAAGAACAAAGGACUGUGGGAUUAUGUGGUUGGAGAAAAACGUGAGCCUGGAAAUACUUCCAGCCAAGAAUAUAAAGAUUGGAAACAGAAAAAGGAAGAAAUUAUAUCAAUAUUUAGACGCAAGUGUGGAGAUUGGACAAUACCAUACAUUGAAGAGCUAGAGAUCACACUUAUUUGGAGCCAAUUGGUUACCAUGUAUGAGUUCAGUUAUCCAACAAAAACUGAGAUAAUGAGAAGAACAAAUUACACAUGGUGCCUGCCUUUCUACAAAGCUAUUGUUGAUGGUAAUUGGUACACUAUCUCGGAGAUGGUCUUAAAAAAUGAGGGAAUUGUUACAGCCAGGCUCACAUCAGACGGAGAACUUCCUCUUCAUGUUGCAGUUCUAAAUGAACAGUUUGAAGUUGCAAAGGAAUUUAUAAAAAUUAUGCCUGUGGAAUAUUUAUCAAAAAUGGAUAAAUCCUUCAAAACAGCCAUCCAUAUUGCUGCUAUGGCUGGGAACAAAGAGAUCAUUAAGGCCAUGGUAGAAAAGGAUGAGAAACUGGUGAUGCUCAAAAGCAGAUACAACGAAGGUUAUUACCCAAUCAUUAUUGGUACAUGGGCAGGCAGUAAAGAAGUGGUGAAUUAUCUUUACCCGAUCACCAUACGCCAAGAAGGUAAUCAGAAGGAAGAUCACACUGGAGAAGGUGAAAAAACUAAAGCUGGAAUUCUUACUUCUCUAAUUUUUGCUGAUUUCUAUGGGCUAGCUCUUGAUCUACUACAUAAAUACCCAAGUUUAGUCUUGACCAGAGACGAUAGCGGUUGGACAGCCAUGAAAGCACUCUCAAUGAAGCAUACUGCAUUUCCAAGUUCGUUACCAACCAAAAGUGUUGGGACCUUGGGAUAUUAUUUCAUGUACUCAUUUGGAUCAGUGCUAGAUGUCCAUAUCGAUGCCAAAAGUGCUUCUUGGUGCAUAAGAGCAGACGUGGAAAAUUCCUUCAAUGCCAACAAGGAUAACACUCAAGGUCCCAAUGGAGAGCCCAUGUCUGGUCCAAUCAGCAAUAACUAUCCUCAGCUUCUAUGGUUAUGUUUCCGCAGACUAUUUCAGAAUACACUCAUUAAACUAGUGCCUGCAGGUUGCAAGCACAUCUACGACGAGAAGUUGAAGCAUUACGAAGCUUGUAAGCUACUAAAACACAUAUGGAGGCUAGUCUCACAACUUGAAGUCCCUAAACAAAAUACGAUGGAGAUGAGUGAUAUAUUUGGAGCAUUUGGAGCAAUGCGUCGAGCAACGAAGAAUGGGAUUGUUGAAUUUAUUGAAGAGUGUAUCAACAACUGUCCUCAGCUUGUGUUGUACCCGGAAAACUCAUAUAAUGGACAAACAAUAUUUCAUUACGCAAUCAGCCAACGUCAGGAAAAGAUUUUCAGGCUUAUCCAUCAUGUAGGCCCAUGGAAACUUAGUCUUGCAAUGAUCAGGGAUAAGUGGGAUAACGACAUGUCACACCUAGCUGCACAAAAAGCACCAAUCCAGAGGCUCAAUCAAGUUCCUGGUGCAGCUCUUCAAGUGCAACGUGAGCUACUCUGGUAUAAGGAAGUGAAAAGUAUUAUGCCCUCCUUCACCAAUGGAUAUAUGAAUAAGGAAAAGAAAGAUUCAAGAACAUUAUUCACAGAGGAGCAUAAAGAGCUAGUAAAAGAUGGAGCAACAUGGAUGAAGGAUACAUCAACACAAUGCAUGGUGGUCGCAACACUAAUCACUACGGUUAUGUUUCAAGCAGUGUUUACUAUACCGAGUCAUACAAGUGGAGGAGACCCCAGUGAUUACAUACAAGAAAAGUUUCCAAUAGUUUUUGUCAUAACAAAUAUAUUGGCACUUUGCUCUUCGGUCUCUUCAAUGUUGAUGUUUCUAGCAAUCAUUACUUCACGAUAUGCAGAAGAAGACUUCUUUUUGACUUUGCCUCGAAUGUUGAUGUUGGGCCUUUUAUUUCUCUUCAUCUCUAUAGUGGGGAUGAUGAUAGCCUUUGUAUCAGCUAUCUUAUAUAUGUUUCACUAUGAUGUUCGUGUAAGGAUCUUCUUUCCAAUUGUCUUUGUAGCAAGUAUCCCAAUCACUAUAUAUGCUUUGGUGGAACUUCC